CAAGAUUACAAGAUUUUAAUUUUAAAAUAAAAGUUCUUAAAUUAUUUGAAUGCCUAAUUAAAGCCUAUCAAUGGAUAAAGUUUUAAACACAAACAUUAAAAAUGUAUUCAGAUUGCUUUCAGAGAACGCAAUUACGCCCCCAAUUUUAACUGAAGCUGCCCUAAAUCGUGCAAAACAACUCGCAAAAUAUAACGCUUUUAUAGCCUUAACGGAAUCUUUGGCAAAAAACCAAUCAAAACAAUCACAGGAACGUUACAAUACAAAAAAACCUGCAUCGGAAAUUGAUGGUCUACCAAUUACAAUUAAAGACAAUUUUUGUACCAAAGAAGUAGCCACAACAUGUGCCUCAAAAAUGCUGGAAAACUUUAACCCAACCUACAAUGCAACAGUUGUCGAAAGGCUUGAAAAUGCAGGUGCAAUACUUUUGGGAAAAUCAAACUUGGAUCAAUUCGCUAUGGGAUCUGGCACUGUAGACUCGAUUUAUGGACCUUCGAAAAACAUUUGGAACUAUCAGGAUGAUGAAAACUUUCAUAUAGCCGGUGGUAGUAGUGGCGGUAGUGCAAUAGCUGUAGCAACUGGAAUUUGUUACGGCGCCCUAGGUUCAGAUACAGGUGGUUCAACCAGGAAUCCUGCUUCAUAUUGUGGUGUAGUAGGUCUCAAACCAACUUAUGGCUUAGUGUCACGUUGGGGUUUAAUUCCUUUGGUUAAUUCUAUGGAUGUGCCAGGCAUAUUGACGCGGACUGUAGACGAUUGUGUUAGUAUGUUGAAUGUUGUGGCAGGAUUUGAUAGUAAGGAUUCAACGACGCUUGAAAAGCCUUAUAGGAAAAUUAGGCUUCCAAAUGCAAAUAAAAUGUCUGUGAAGGCCUUGAAAGUUGGUAUACCGAAAGAGUAUUUCAAUGAACAUUUGACUUCUGAGGUUUAUGAUGUUUGGAAUGAAGUUGCUAAUUUGUUGGAGAAUGAUGGAGCAAUUGUUAAACAGGUGUCUCUUCCAAACACCGAACACAGUAUAGUAUGCUAUUCAAUUCUCAAUCAAUGCGAAGUCGCUAGCAACAUGGCCAGGUAUGAUGGCAUCGAGUUUGGAUACAGAGCUGAUGAAAAUGAGUCUACAGAGAAAUUAUACGCCACCAGCCGGAGUAUGGGCUUCAAUGAAGUUGUUAGAAACCGAAUUUUGACUGGAAACUAUUUUUUAUUAAUUAGAAAUUACGAAAAAUAUUUCAAUAAAGCUCUAAAAAUAAGGAGAUUGAUAGCUGAUGAUUUUCAUAAGGUAUGGGAAGAUGUGCAGGUUUUAUUGACGCCCACUACAUUGACGACUGCACCAGUUUAUAAGGAUUUUGUACAGAAAACUAAUAGGGACCAGUGUGCCUUGCAGGAUUAUUGUACGCAGCCUGCCAAUAUGGCUGGUAUACCAGCAGUUUCCAUUCCAAUUAAAUUAUCACAAAAUGGUUUGCCAAUAAGUAUUCAACUUAUGGGAAGGAAUUUGAGUGAACCAAUGCUAUUAGCUGUAGCAAAAUAUAUUGAAAAUAUUGUACAAUUUCCUCAUUUUGUUAAUAGAAAAUAAACAAGCUGUUGUAAAUGUGUAUUUUUAUUAUUAAAAGAGCAUCGUUUAAAAUACAAAAAAAAAAAUGGACUUAUAGACAAAAAAAUUAUAAAACAAUCACCUCCUACAAAAAAAAAUAUAAUAAUAAAAUAAUCGGAAGAGAAUACUGAAAGACUAAAUUGAAUUAAAUGAUUUAAGGUAAAUCUCUAAAUCUACUUAUAAUAAUUAAUCCUAGACUCGGUACAAUUUUUUUUUUACGUAAUUUGAGGAAAUGUUUAUACCUAAUGGCCGAAAAAAUAACUUAAUGGGUACUUAGUCGAAAAAUGGGCAGUAAACCGUGCAAGAGACACGAAAAAUGCCAAUAAGUAACUCAGCAUUUUUAAACCUCAUACAGUUUCAUCGCUUCCAAUUUGGCUUUGUGCUCGGGACUAUCUUCAGAAGCAAUAAUAAGGGUGUGCCAAUAACCCAUGCUGACGCUCGUCACUUUAAUACCUUGCAUCCUGGUCACCUCUUUGGGCGUCGUACUGCUUUUUGUCAUAUCGCCCAGACCCAAUUCACCGUAAGUGGGCGAAGCACCCCAAGCGAUACAAGUUUCAUCAGCUGAAAUCACUAUUGAAGUGUGACUUGUGCCUACAUGACUUAUAUUCCAGCCUGCUAAGUCUUGAACUGGUUUCGGAUACAUGUUGGCCUAU